AUGGUGAGCCUCAUGCGCGAGGUCGAGAAGGGCCGGCAGGCGGGCGAGGAGGUCGCUAGGCUGCAGGCUGAGGUUGCCGAGGUCAGCGAGAGGUACGAGACGACGCUAGAGCUGCUGGGCGAGAAGAGCGAGCUGGUGGAUGAGCUCAAGGCAGAUGUGCAGGAUGUCAAGGCCAUGUACAGAGAUUUGGUGGAGAGGACAAUCAAAUGA